AUGUCGUCAUGGGGUGACCAUUUCCGGGUGACCACCUAUGGCGAGUCCCACUGCCGCUCGGUCGGCUGCAUUGUCGACGGAUGCCCGCCGGGCAUGGAGCUCACCGAGGAUGACAUCCAGCCCCAGAUGACUCGCCGCCGUCCCGGACAGAGCGCCUUGACCACCCCGCGAAACGAAAAGGACCGCGUAGAGAUCCAGUCGGGCACGGAGUUUGGGAUCACACUGGGCACGCCAAUUGGCAUGAUGGUCCGCAACGAGGACCAGCGGCCCAAGGAUUACGGUGGCAGCACAAUGGACCUGUACCCCCGCCCUAGCCACGCGGACUUCACCUACCUGGAGAAGUACGGCGUCAAGGCGAGCAGCGGUGGUGGUCGCAGCAGUGCUCGGGAGACUAUUGGUCGUGUCGCCGCUGGUGCCAUCGCCGAGAAAUACCUCCGUUUGUCGCAUAACGUCGAGAUUGUCUCCUUCGUCUCUUCCGUGGGCAAUGAGCACCUGUUCCCCCCGACUCCCGAACAUCCCUCCCCUUCGACCAACCCCGAAUUUCUGCAGCUGCUCGAAAAGAUUGACCGGCCGACGGUGGACUCGUUCGCGCCGAUCCGCUGCCCCAACACCGAAGCCGCCGCGCGGAUGACCAAGGUCGUUGAGAACUUCCGGGACAACCAUGACAGCAUUGGCGGUACAGUGACCUGCGUGAUCCGCAAUGUGCCUGUGGGACUGGGUGAGCCGUGUUUCGACAAGCUCGAGGCUAAGCUGGCCCACGCCAUGCUGAGCAUCCCAGCCACCAAGGGCUUCGAGAUCGGCUCGGGCUUCGGCGGCUGCGAAGUGCCGGGCUCGAUUCAUAAUGAUCCCUUUGUUGCCGCUACCGCAGAGUCCGGUCCUCAGCGCUUGACCACCAAGACCAACAACUCUGGCGGUAUCCAGGGUGGUAUCUCCAACGGCGCGUCUAUUUACUUCCGUGUUGCCUUCAAGCCGCCAGCCACUAUCGGCCAGGCCCAGACCACCGCCACAUACGGCUUUGAGGAGGGCAUUCUUGAGGCUAAGGGCCGUCACGACCCUUGCGUUGUUCCUCGCGCCGUCCCCAUUGUCGAGGCCAUGUCCUCGCUGGUUAUUAUGGAUGCCCUGAUGGCUCAGUACGCUCGCGAGAGCGCGAAGAACCUGCUGCCGCCUCUGCCGAAGACCGUGCCCACUAAACCUGCUAGUGCUCCCAACGGUGCGCCGGCCUCAUGA